AUGAGUGCAACGGAGCAAAUCAAUAAUAUCUCACCGAUGGAGCAAAAUGAAGAAAAUGCUAUGUUGUCUCACGGAGAAUCUGUGUUUAUGCAGACGGCGCUAACUGAUAUUCAAAACCCAACAUCUAACGAAAGUGUCAAGACAAGAAUUCUUCUUGACUGUGGCUCUCAGAGAACAUAUAUCACACAGUCACUAGCUGACAAAUUAAGACUAAAGAAGCAGUAUGUCGAAGAGUUACAUGUGUUUACAUUUGGCGGUAAAGAUGCUAGAGUGAUAAAGACACACGUGACUUCCAUCAAUUUAAAGUUAAGAAAUGGACAAAAGCUAUGUCUUAAAGCAAACAUUGUACCAGUGAUAAGUGGAAGCAUACAUAGAAAGUCACUGAAUAAACAAGUCCUGAAAGAAUUCAGAGAUAUUGCAGAAAAUUUGGAUCUAGCUGAUACGUUUCCCGACAAAAAUGAAACAUCUCAAAUAGAACUUUUGAUCGGCAAUGAUCAUUACCUAGACAUUGUACUUCAACAAAAGAUUGAAGUUCAGCCCGGAUUGUAUCUGAUGUGUUCUAAACUCGGUUGGAUUCUAACAGGAAGGUCAUACUCAGAAAUAAAAGAGAAAGAGGAACCAAACAUGCUCAUUCUCACACACGGAAGUGUUAACAAUUCAACUAUAAACAAAGGAAUAUUCUGUGGUAUCGAUUCUUGUGAAAACUCGAUUCAAGAUCUAGAGGAUUUUUGGAACAUAGAGGCUAUAGGCAUUUGUGACAAAGACAAAAUGAAUGAUGAUGAGUUAUCAAUGAGAAAGUUUAAAAGCACACUCACCUUUCAGGAUGGUAGAUACAGUGUUACCUGGCCAUGGAAAGAAGAAAAUCCAGAUUUACCCGAAAACAAAGGACUUGCAAUUGGACGACUUAAGUCGUGUUUGAAAAGACUAGAAAACAAACCUGACCUGCUAGAAAAAUACAACAAUGUUAUAAAAGACCAACUGUCAAAAGGAGUUAUUGAGAAGGUUCAAGACUCGGGGAAAGGCAAGGAAUAUAUGCAUCACUAUAUUCCUCAUCAUGCGGUUAUCACGCCACAAAAGUCAACAACAAAGCUAAGGAUUGUUUACGAUGCGUCGGCAAAAAUAUCACCAGAAUCAAAGAGUUUGAAUGAGUGUCUUUUUCGAGGUCCUGUUUUACUCAAGGACUUGUGUGGGCUACUUAUGAGAUUUCGUUUACAUAGAGUGGCAAUGGUUGCGGACAUCGAAAAGGCGUUUCUUCAAGUUGGUCUGCAAGACUCAGAACGCGAUGUAACCAGAUUCUUUUGGAUUAAAGACACAAAAAGACCAUCACUGUUUCCAAACAACAUCGAAAUUUAUCGUUUCUGUAGAGUACCGUUUGGGAUUAUUUCAAGCCCUUUUCUUCUGAGUGCAACGAUUGAGGCUCAUUUGAAUGCUUAUGACACUAAACUAUCAGAACAGCUGAAACAUGACAUUUAUGUUGACAAUAUUAUAACCGGAGCAUCCAGCGAUGAACAAGCUGUAGACUUGUAUAAAGAAGCAAAAAGCAUGUUUAAAGACGCCUCAAUGAAUCUUCGGGAGUGGAGUUCAAGUAGUGAAAAAGUAAACAGUCUUAUUCCAGAGGUUGACAGAUCCACUGAAACUGAAACUAAGGUUCUAGGACAUGUUUGGGACAUAAAAUCAGAUAUUCUGUCAGUAAAAUCUGUAUGUUCGAAUAUAAACCGUUCAUUAGUGACAAAACGAAUCGUACUGAAAGGAAUAGCAUCAGUAUUUGACCCCAUGGGUCUUGUGUCACCAGUCAUUCUUCAUGGAAAAAUGUUGCUUCAAGAAAUGUGGGAAAGUGGUUUCGACUGGGAUACAAAGAUAACAGACGAACAUGUGCUCGAUAAGUGGUCAUUUAUCAGCGAUCAGCUUAGGUUGAUAUCUGACAUCAAAAUACGCCGGAGUAUCGUUUCUCAAGACAAAUAUGUAAAAUACAAUUUGCUUUGUUUUUGUGACGCUUCGUCAAAGGCUUAUGCCACUGCAAUCUAUCUACAGCAAGAAAAUGUAACUUAUGUGAAAUCAAACUUGAUCUUUGCCAAAACACGUCUUGCUCCAGUCAAGAAAAUGACUAUUCCAAGACUAGAGCUAAUGGCAGUGCUAAUAGGUGUUAGGUGUUUGAAAUUUGUGAAGACACAGUUAAUGAUAGAAAUAUCUCACGAAUACCUUUGGACCGACUCUCAGGUAGCAUUAGACUGGAUUAAUAGUAAAAAGCAACUUCCCGUAUUUGUGAAAAAUAGAGUUAAAGAAAUCAAAAACAAUAAUUGUGUGAUUAUUGCUCAUGUAGACACAAAAGAUAAUCCAGCUGACGUUGCAACUCGAGGUUCGUCGGUGAGUGAUUUAAAGGACAAUUCUUUUUGGUGGAACGGUCCCACUUGGUGUUGUGAAAGUCCACGAAACUGGAAUACAAAUCACGACAAUAUUAUUGACAUGGAAUUAAAGCAAGAAAAAGAUGAAAAAGAACUAUGUGUUUCAUUGCAUGUCGAAGAAAAUGAAAGCAAAACAAAACAUGAUAUUGUACCACCUUGUGGAAUUGACAUUCAAAGAUAUUCAACGUUGACAAAAGUGUUUGUGUUACAGCUCUUGUGUUAA